CGUCACGGUCUACCGCGGGGUGGUCUGAUCGCGGUUUAUUAUGGGGGUGCGCUGAUUUGAUACGCGUCAGAUUUGACUGGAGACACGAGCUUGGGCACACGUGUGAUUAAUUUUUGGAAGACGAUUACCUGGUCCACAACGUAGUUCGACGGCGUGCCGCGUCAACAGGGGCGCGGACCUUUCGAAAGUGGCAUACGUAGGCAACAUUGGCAACAGGUGUCCACGUUGAUAGCUGCGCGCCUUCGAUAGUUGACGUCGGUGACAAGAGACGAGACGUUCGACAGCAACAAUCAUUCACCCUCCACCUGGAUCGUUUAUUCGACACGUCUUAUUGACAACCUCCUCUGGGACCAUCACGGAAUCCUCGACCGACGCGUUCACAACAGAAUGAAUUACGACUAUUUGGUGAAGUUCCUGGCGCUCGGGAACUCCGGCGUCGGCAAAACGAGCUUUCUCUAUCAAUACACAGACGGCACAUUCAACUCCAGAUUCAUAUCCACUGUUGGGAUCGAUUUCAAGGAGAAGCGAGUGAUAUAUCAAACGGAAAAUGGUAGAAGCCAACGAGUGCACUUGCAGCUUUGGGACACAGCCGGUCAAGAAAGGUUCAGAAGUCUAACCACAGCCUUUUAUCGGGAUUCUAUGGGUUUCCUACUAAUUUUUGACCUGACCAAUGAAUCGUCGUUUCUUGAAGUUAGAAACUGGCUGGAGCAGCUUCGGACACACGCAUAUUGUGAUGAUCCAGACAUAAUUCUCUGUGGCAAUAAAUCUGAUCUUGAGGACAAACGCGUCGUCAGCGAACAUAAAGCGCGGGAUCUUGCUGAAAGACACGGCUUGGUUUAUCUGGAGACAAGUGCUGCAACCGGGCAAAAUGUUGAACGCGCCGUGGAAAUUUUACUAGAUCGUGUAAUGCGCAGAAUGGAGGCUACGAUAGACAAGUCGCCGUUACCACAUCAAAAAGUUUUAAGAUGUCACGAGCGCGAUACUCCACCACCCCGGAGUUCCUGCUAUUGCUGACAGUGUCGGUACAUGUAGUUUUCUAAACUACAUUCUGUCUGCCGAAAUCAAAGAAAAAAAGCAUAUUAUGAAACCGACGCCUUCAAUUUCUGAAAUCAAUGUUAAUCUUGUCAUAAACUUUUUCGAUUAGCAUGUUCGUUGCAGAGGAUUAGAACAUCAGAAAAUAAUUUCGUUAAUUAAUUAAUUUUAUGUUCACUUGUUUAAAGUUUUUAGCAGAAAGUUUGAGUGGAAUAAGAUAUAAUC